CCCUGUUGACGUCAGAAACGUCAAAAAUGUCCAUAAUUUAACAUUAUUAGAUAGGGCUGUUUACUAAUAAAUAACAAGGGUAGAUCAAUGUCACGUAUUUAUUGUAACAGUAUCUUCUAAAAAUGGAUCGUAACGAAAGUGACUCUUUAGUUGCUCUGGAAUACUUGAUGGAUGAAUUUUUUAACCCAGGCACCAGCAAUUCAAGAAAACAUGAAAUCGAACAACAACUCAGUUCAUUUAAAUACUUGCCACAAUUUUGGAAGUUGUGUUUGUAUUUUAUUACAAAUACGUCUAGUCAGUACGUGACUAUGUUUGCCUUAUCAACAUUGGAGUCUGUGAUUAAUCAACAAUGGGCAAAUACUGAUUGGCCUUUUCGUGAAGAACUUAAAAACACCUUAUACAAUUAUUUGAUUGAGAAAGGAAAUAGCGCACCACAUUUUGUACGAGGAAAAUAUGCAAAAUUGUUGGUUGCGAUAGCAAAGCAAGACUGGCCAUCUCAUUAUCCAAAUUUUUUUAAUAACCUGCUAGAGUUAUUGAAAACUGAACCAAACCAACUUAUUGGUCUAAUAUUGUUGCGAACCACAAGUGAGGAGUUAAUGGGCCUUCAUACUUCUUUUGAAAAUGGUAGAAAAGACGAAGUAACAAGACUGCUACAUGAGUACAUUCCUAUAGUUUUUGAUUCCUUAAACAUGAUUCUUGAAAAUUUAGGCUCUAAACCAAGACAUACAGCAACUGCAACACCUCCACCUUCUCCCACACAUCCUUCAUGUGCUCCAAGUCUUCCUCAACAGUUGGUUACAACAGCAACGUUUAAACCUGAUAGUAAGGUAUUGAAUAAAGAGGCUUUGGAAACAGUACAACACCUAUUUACAUGGGUGCAAAUUAACCAAAUACCCCCUUCUAUUAUUAAAGCAAUUUUUAAUUUUACCAACAUAUCCAGCUAUGCUCAGGACGAUCACGAUAUGUGCGUGCUAGCAAUGUCGACAAUCAACGAACUUCUCUAUAGGAAGUGCACUCCUCCAGGAAGUCAAGAGUUUUUUACACAACUUUACUAUUACACGAUAGAAUUAUUGCGAGACAUUACUAAUAGUCGAAUCGACACGCUUGAUCCUAUUUUUGUUGAGAAACUGUCAGAAUUAUUGAUUUUGUUGGUUGAACAACAUUUAUGGCGUUUAGAAAUGGAACCCAGAUUUUCCGCCUUGGAAUUUUUAUCUUUGCUUUAUCAACUUACCGUGCAAUUGCCUUCAGUGCAAUGCUAUUUAAGAUGUCUUAAUGUGUGGGCUGUUUUUUUUAAACAGACAAAGCCCCAAAAAAGUCAGAAAUAUUUGGAGGCAUUUUUAGGUUUAUUGACAGCGCUUUUAAAAAAAAUCCAAUUUUCGUCUAAUGGUAACCAAUUGAGGCUAAUCGAUAAUGUAGAGACGAACGACGAUAAUGAAACAGAGUGGCAGAUAUUUUUAAAGACCUCACUAGAAAUAAUCUCAAUGGUAGCAGAAUAUGCUCCUCUUGAAACACUUAACGUUAUAUUAAUUCCAUGGAAAACAUGUUAUGACAUUUAUCAACGGAUAGAAACUAUUGUAGACCACCAGAAUUGUUCUUUAAACUGUGAAUUAGCAGAGAGUGAAAGACUGUCAUACAUUAUUACUGAUUUUUCAUCUCUAACACAAACUUUAGCUAGACUGUCACCAAUAUUCUUUGAUCAAGAAGCUGAAGAAGUAACUAACGUAUCAACUCCCAUGGUUAACAAUCUGAUUGAAAAGUUACUGGAAAGUGCCUCAUUAGCAACUUCCAUCAGGUUUUAUAGUUUAAAAACGAAUAAUCCCAGACUGACAGAUUGUUUUAUAGAUAAUCACAGUCAACUGCUAGCUGCCUUAAAAACGUACUUAAUUUGGAUAACUCGUAACGAUAAAGUAGCAGUUGAAAAUUUGAAGUUGAUAGUGGACAUAACGUUACCCGUGAUUCAUAGUGCAGUUCCUGUGAAAGUUAGCAAUUCAGCAGCGCAUUUAUUAUUGGCACUAUCAAACCUAACCUGUGCACCAAAUCUAAUGUUAUUAGCAGAUGUAGCACAGUUUAUAAAUGUAGCACCGAAUUUAAAGUUCAGGGAUAACCAAACGACUUUCGUUACUUACAGUGCCAUUACGAAUUUGUUGUUAAAACCAUGGCCUGACUGUUCACUUGAUAGUGCAAAUCAUCGAAAUUAUUUGACUGGAGUUUUCUUUGAUGGCUUAACUUGGACCUUUAGAGAUCUUUCUUCUUCCGAUAAUGAAAAUCGGGUGCGACAAGUAGUCGAGGGGGUUUUACCUGCACUAUCGCACAUCGUGGACUUUUCCAAAGAUUUACCAAUGGCCUCGAAAAAGAAAUUAUUUUUGGCCAUUAAAUCUACAAUAGAACAUGCUGUAAUUUUAUUCCCGGCAUAUGCAAAAAAUUCCGAAAUAAGUACUUUCGUUUUGAUUUUUUUCUUGAAUGUAUUAAGAGUACUACAGCAACAGCUAGGAGUGGACGGAACAAAGAAUGCUGUACAAGUUUUUCUAGAUGUUGCAGUCAAGGAACAAGAAGCUGGGAAUUUCCUUGAUAAACUUCUUCAAAUAUUUCAGCUUGUAAUAGAAGCUCCCGGUUCGAGCUACAAAAAUUUUUUAGCCGGGAUUUUGCAAUUGUGUAUGGAUAAUGUUUAUCCAUUUCUUUUAUCUCACGGUACAGAGAAAACAGACGCUUUUAUGGCUUUGUUAACUCUGCUACAUAGCAUUUUACUUCAUAGAUGGCAAUAUUUUUACAGUUCCCAAGUGAGGUUGGGGUAUUCACCAGUGUACAGUGAAACAGAAGGUGAUGCCCCUGAACCAAUACAACUAAUGGCUGUGUUGCAAGUAUUUGGACAAGCUUUACUACAACAAGAUAUCAAUAUAUUUAAAUUGAGUUUAGCUUCUUUGGAAGAUCUUAAUGCAAAGUGGAAGUUAUAUCACAACGUUUUAUUUAGAUAUAAUGGCCUAUCUAAGUACUUGACUGUGCUGGUACAAACUUUAAUUGAUAAAUCUCAAAGCUUAUUGUCAGAAGACAUACAAGUUGCUAUAUACAAUAUGGCUACUGUUAAUUUUGAUUAUUUUUUCGCUACAUUCCUUCCUGGGUUUUUAAGAGGUAUUGACGCUAUUACAGAUCAACAAAGGGAGGUCUUAUUAACGAAUUUUAUGCAGAAUCAUGACAAGGAUAUGCCUACGUUUGUACAGCAUUUACGGAUAUUCGUAAAUGAUAUCCAUCAUUUUAGACUGUGCAGUAUGCCAUCAGGAUUUGUGUAAAGUUGUUUAUAAAUGUCCUUGUAAAUGCUCAAAUAUUGUAAUUAAAUAAGGGAAAAUAAAUUUGUUAAGAUUUUUAAUAAAUCGUACUUUGUAUGUA